AUGACUUCAAUUGAUUCAGUCAACAAAUCCACUCAUGACCUGUUGGAUGAGAGGGAAGUGAAAAUAGACGAUUUGCUUGCCAAUGAUAUUCUGUGGUGGAAAGUGUCACACUUGAGAAUGUUAAUUUUGGCCAUUUUCUUAAUUUCAAUGACCCCAACUAUCAACGGUUAUGAUGGUUCCAUGUUGAACGGUUUACAGUCUUUGCCUCAUUGGAGAUCGGCCAUGGGAAACCCUGAAAGAUAUGUUUUGGGACAUUUGAGUACCGGACCCAUCUAUGGAGGUAUCAUAUGUAUCCCCAUUGCUCCUAUUAUCUGUGACAAGUAUGGCAGAAGAAUUUCUCUUUUCGUUGGUGGUGUACUCGCUAUUAUUGGAGGAGUUUUGCAAGGUGUCUCGAAUAGUUACGGAUUAUUCUUGGGUUCCAGAAUGAUUAUUGGAUUUGGUGGCUACAUGUGUGGUAUUGCUGCUCCCGUUCUCAUCUCGGAGAUCUCCUAUCCAUCCCAUAGAGAGACUUGCACUUUCGGAUACAAUGUAUGUUGGUAUAUCGGAGCCAUCGCUGCUGCUUGGGUGACAUACGCCACUAGAGUAUAUGACAGCAAUGCUUCAUGGAAGAUUCCUUCAUAUUUGCAAGCACUCUUACCUCUCAUUCAAGUUUUGUUCAUCUGGAUCAUCCCAGAAUCACCAAGAUUCUAUAUCUCCAAAGGAAAGAAGGAGAAAGCAAGAGAGGUGCUCACCAAGUACCACAUUGGAAACUCCACUGAUCCAGAACGUAUAAAGUUGGUCGAUUUUGAAAUGGAGCAGAUCGAAACGGCCAUCAACCUGGAAAAAGCUAGCACCAACAGCUCAUACUUGGAUUUCAUCACCAAGGCAAACUUCAGAAAGAGAUUGUUUAUCUGUAUUUUUGUUCCUGUUAUGCAACAGCUUUCUGGUAAUGCACUCGUUUCCUAUUAUUUGGCCAAGGUUUUGGAGUCCAUCGGUAUUACUGGAUCUAAGGAGCAAUUGGAGAUCAACGGUUGUUUAAUGAUCUACAAUCUUGUUAUCUGUUGUACUUUGACAGGAUUCGUCCGCAAAAUCAAAAGAAGAACCAUGUUCCUUACUUGUAUUCCAGGUAUGCUCAUCAGUUACAUCAUCUGGACGAUUUUGUCAGCCAGAAACCAGCAGACGAACUUCGAGCACAAAUCACUCGCAAAUGGAGUUCUUGCCAUGAUUUUCUUCUUCUACUUUUUCUACGAUAUUGGAUUGAACGGUUUGCCAAGUUUGUACUUGACUGAAAUCUUGCCAUUCUCCCACAGAGCUAAGGGCUUUAAUAUCCUGUUGGUUGCUAACUUAUGUGUUUCUGUCUUCAACGGCUAUGCAAACCCAGUUGCCAUGUAUUAUAUUCUGUGGAAGUAUUACAUUGUUUAUUGUGUCUUCCUUGCAUUUGAGCUUGUGUUGGUCUAUUUCUUCUUCCCAGAGACGUCUGGUUACACUUUGGAAGAAGUUGGCCAGGUCUUCGGAGACAUUCCUGUUCCACCUAUUUCACAGACGAAGUUGGGUGAGCUUGACGACGCGAAGGUUUCUGUGGUACAUGAAGAUGUAGCCCAGAAAGUCUAA